GAUGCCACGAAAUCCACCGAGGAACUGGUGCUUCCCGAGGCUCUGGAAGAAUUGCUAGAUCUGAAAGAUCAGCGGCCGACCGAAGUCAAGGGCAAAGGAUGGACAGAGCCGGACGAAAAGGAUAGAUCUCUGGAUUUGGACAUCUACGACGACUUGGACGAGAUGAAGCCGCAAGGUUCUACAGAGACUGGCGAAAAGGACACAUCUCUUGACUUGGACAUCUACGACGAUUUGGACGACUUCCAGGAGGCCGAGAACCAUAAAACCAAGGAGCUGCUGGCAUGGGAGGCCAAAUACGAAAAGGCGCAGACCGAAAUCCAGGCUCUAAAGUCUGAGAAUAAGGCGCUCGGGAAGAAGAUAAAGACCAUGGAGGUUACCCUGCAGAGUCUGCUGGACACGGCCAAGGCGGAGGUGAAGAGAAAGGAAGCCAUGAUUGCCCAGCUGCGAAAGGAAAAAGACGACUUGUGCUUCCGGCGGAAGCGGGGGCGAGAGGUUGAAGAGCCAGGGGAAAGGGAACAUGAGAGUAAGCGUCUGAAAGAAUCCCAACCGAGGAUGUUUGCCAAGAAGGAUCCGGAAACGGAGAGAAAUCCAUUCAAGACAGUCCCAAAAGAGGAUACCAAGAAGGCGACUUCAAAAGAUGAUGUCAAGAAGGCGAGCACAAAAGAAGAGGUUAAGAAAACAGACAGCCGAAGCAAGUCACCCAAGCUGGGACAGCCCAAAACCACCGAACGGAGAUCUAGCACACACUCUCGACGUCCAGAGCACCGCCACAAAUCCAGAGAUCGACGCCACAGCCGCAGCCGAAGUCCCAAACAUAGGUCCAGGCGGGAUGAGCACCGCAGUCGCGAGAGCAAUUCCCGCCAAGCUAGACCGCGAAGCCGUUCCCAGUCGCCCAGAAUCCAUUUGCCAGGAGAUAAGAGUCAGACCAUGACGAGCCUAUUUGGCGAUGAAUCGAAUGACCCGCGCAGUGAGAGCCCUCGCCUUGAGUUGGCCAAAACGGCAUCUGACUUGCAACCUUCAAAGAAAGUCGUUUCGAAGCAAAGCGAUGUUUCUUCAUAUACGAAAUCCUCAUUCGAUCCAAAGGAACAACCGAAGGAUACUUCUCAACCCAUAGGUGGUUUCUUUUCUGAAGUCAGUAAGCCGAAACUUGCAUUUAUCCCAGGAUUGGACAUCAUAUCCAAGGCGGAAUCCCUGGAUUUUGUGCCUGAUCAAACAGAAGUGGUUGAAAAGGCGAAAAAGCUAGUCGAAAAAAGUGAUUUUCAUAUGAAGGACUCUGCGCAGGAUGAAUUAAAGAAUGAGCCCAUUCCAUUGGAAGCAGAAAUGCCGCAAGCGGAAGUAAAAACUAAAAAAACUUCAUCCAAACAUUCUACAAAAGAAGUGCGAGCUGUGCCGAAACAUGCAAUUAUACCCGGUUUAGACAUCAUAUCCAAGGCGGAAUCUCUAGAUUUUGUGCCAGAUCAAACCGAGUUUGUUGAAAAGGCGAAAAAGGUAGUCGAAAAUAGUAAUUUUUAUACAAAGGACUCCACGUACGAUGAAUUAAAGAAGGCGCCAAUUCCAUUGGACUCAAAAAUACCGCAAGUGGAAGGAAAAACUAAAAAGAUUUCAUCCAAACAUUCUAGAAAAGAAGAGCGAGCUGUACCGGAAUCCCUGGAUUUUGUGCCAGAUCAAACCGAAGUGGUUGAAAAGGCGAAAAAGCUAGUCGAAAAAAGUGAUUUUCAUAUGAAGGACUCUGCGCACGAUGAAAUAAAGAAGGCGUCCAUUCCAUUGGAACUAGAAAUGCCGCAGAUGGAAGAAAAAACUAAAAAGAUUUCAACCAAACAUUCCACAAAAGAAGUGCGAGCUGUGCCGAAACAUGCAAUUUUACCAGGCUUAGACACCAUAUCCAAGGCGGAAUCCCUGGAUUUUGUGCCAGAUCAAACUAAGGCGGUUACAAAGGCAAAAAAGCUAGUCGAAAAAAGUGAUUUUCAUAUGAAGGACUCUGCGCACGAUGAAUUAAAGAAGGCGUCCAAUCCAUUGGAUCCAGAAAUGCCGCAAGUGGAAGGAAAAACUAAAAAGAUUUUAUCCAAACAUUCCACAAAAGAAGUGCGAGCUUCAAUAAGCGAACUUGAAGGUGGUAAGAUAACAGAAGAGUCUAAGAUUAACUUGGAAAAAAUGACAAGUUUAGCAAUUGAAGCUAUAGACGUUAUGACGGCCAAAAUUGAAGAGAGAAUAGACCAAGAAUUAUUACCAACAGCUGCCACAGUCCCUACUGAAACGGGCUCUCAGUGUAAUGCGAAUGCGAAAGCCUGUUCAGAGAAAGACAUCCAAAAACCGACUGAUGAACCAAGCCGCUUGAGCAAAUCCGUCGCCGGUAUACGAAUCAUCGAGGACAUUCGGCUUCCCAAGAUGGCCGAUAUCGACCAUAUUGCUGUUAAAGUUGACAGCCAGUGCAAGGCACCAACAGCGAUAACGAAUUCCGCCUCGAAUGAUCAGUUGGUUGACAAAAUGCCUCGUCCUGACGAGCUAAAAGAUACAAAAUCUACUAGCUACGCGAACAAUACUCCCAUAAAGUCUGCCAAUGUCUUGUACGCUAAGCCCGACUCGACGAAGCUGGACCACAACGAUGAAAACGACGAGGUUAUCCUGGAAGCUGCCAUGGACUUGCUGACAAGCGAGCAGGAUCCGACGAGCAUCGUGGAUCCCAGCUAUCCAAACCUGAGUAUCGAAGAAGAUGCCAUUGAGAUGGCAUUGGGUGAAUUGCACCAGCAGUCACCAGACGAAACAGUGGUGACGUCAACAUCGAAUAGAGCCCAGCAGACGCCCAAACAAAGCCUAAUAACGAUUCUCACCCAGUCGCCCGUGCAGCAAAGUCCGCUAAAGUCCAAGACGAAAUCGAAGAAACUAUCACCGAUGGCCACACCGGAGAAGGCGGCCACCGAGAAGACCCCGUUGAAGAAGAGAAAAGUCAACAUGGACAGUCCGACGCAGGCAAUGCCGGUUCCCAGGCUGGAUUUAAGCAUUGAGGACACUUCGGGAACGAGCUUGGGUGGUAGCGACACCUCAACAGUUACCAAACGCUGUUCGCUGGGCCACACUGAUUACCAGUACGAGCAAAUAAAAGACGAGGUUAUUUUGAGAGUAAAGCGACGCUGUCGACGACGACGACCGGCACCUGUGGAAAUGCAGGAUAACCAAGCAAUUUAAAUACAAUUGUAGUUGUUUUGAAUUUUGAGUUUAGAAUUUAUUUCGAAUACUUUUAAUUUUGAAGCCAACAAGAAAACCAAAUGUU